AAUUAGUCAACGGGCAAUCCCAAGACUGACACUAUUUUUGGAUAGAACUGGGUAUAUUCUCGAACAAGACUGUACACGGUCAACGUGUUUGGCCUGUAUUAUUUUAUCACAACUAAGACCCACAACACCAUUGUCUGACUAUUUAUGUUUCUUAAAUUAUCUGAAAGCAUGAUUGAACUUGUCCGAUAGUCGUUAGUAUUUGGAUGCUACAUAUUAGUUAUAAGAAUUAUUUUAAAGAACCUAUAUAUAGUAUGAAGCGAUGUUUUAGAGGUAACAUCCAUUACUUCCAGACAUAAUCUUCUCAUCAAUUUAUUACCUUAAUUGUGCCUGACAUUAAUGGUCACGGGUCAUCAAAAUGUACUUAUAAUUAUACGUUUGCAAAGCGGAUUUCCGGAAGGCUCUUGUAAUUUUUAUCAAGAGACACAUAAACGCUGCAUUGUCCAAAAUCCAGUAUGAAAAAAGAAGAGUGAAAAUCUUUAAGAUUUAUCAUGGAUCCAAGGUUUGGACAACCAGGAAUGUAUGGUCAACGUACUACUUCUACUUACUAUCCUCCACCAUAUAACAGGGUUCAGGAUUUGCCUCCGAGUAUGAAUCCACAACUUCUUUCUCACCUACCCGUUGCAUGUCCACCUUAUGUAUCAAGUGCAAGCAGCAUCCAGCCAGUUAUGCAUGUGGACAUGCCUCGGUCAUCUGUCAUGCUACAUCCCAGGAAUAUGCUGCAACCAGCAGCUUCAACAAGUACACCUGGGCCAAAGGGGGUUGUGCCAGCAACGAAUCUUGUGCCACAGUCCUCUGUCCUUUUACCUUUGGAUCACAUCCAACCCUCUGUAACUCUCCCUCGCUUUAUAUCCCCAUCGCCAGUGCAGCCAUCAUCCACUGCUGACAUUCCAGCAGGAAUGCAGUAUCCUGGCAGAGGAUGGAUGCAGUUCACACGCAAUGAUGUGAUUGUGCCGAAUUUUGGUUGGCCAUUACCAGUACCACAACCCAUUCCUGCUGUUCAGCAUGUGUCUUUAAUACCAAGAGCACAAUCAAUGUCUCAUAGUAAUUUCUCAGGUUUAGAGUCAGUCACUUGUAGCCACAGAGGAAAUAUCCCUGUGCGGCUUCCAUUGUCAUCACAACCAUCUGUUGCUACACAUUUGCCAGUGGCUCAUAUGAGACCAGGAGCUGGAAAUAUUAUUCCCAUUCCUAUGGAAACAGGACCACCUGGCAGAGUCAUGCACUUCUCUGCUGGAAGCUUACCAAUGGAAACUGAUGCUUCUCAAGUCAAGGAGCAACCAUUAUCUAUCCUGGAUAUUACACUGGAGCAAAACCAGCAGUCCAGAACUUUGCGUGAACAUUUUUCUACAUUUGUUAAAGAGCAUUAUCCUUUCCUGGGAAAGAAAAUCUACAUUGUCCCAGAAAAGCCUCCUAUCAGUCAGAAACAACCUGACAAACUGCUUGUUCGUGCACGGGAAGGACAGUACAGAGUAACUAUGGCAAUAGAGCGUGUGGCUCAUUAUAAACGAGAAGCCUUGUUCCUGCUCAGUGACUACAAGCAUGAGAGUUUCUUCAAGUUUUUCAGCCUUCGGAUAGUCAAAACCUGUGACCAGCCAAGAAUUAAAGAAAGGUUCAACCAGUUUAUCUCUAGCAAGCAGUUUGGAGACUCAGACAUCAUUAUCUUCCACAAGCAGCAUGCAGUUCUUGUAUUUAGCAUCUGCUCUGUCAGCAGCAACUCUGAUGUGCAGUAUAUUCUUAAGCGUUUGCAAAAGUAUCGACAGCAGCUGAACAAGUCGUAUGAGAUGAUGGACAAGACACUGCAUUUUCUAGGACUUCAUCAUUGCAGUGUGAUUCCUAUUCUAGUUACACCAAACCUCAAGCGCUCAUUUCUAGCUAAAGUAACACCAAGAGACAAGGGACUUCACAAACUGAUGUUCACUAUGAGCACUUUAUGCUCUGAUGAACUGCCUGCUGAGUUUCGGAAUGAGUGGACAUCUGAGGAACAUUUUCAGACUCUUGUUGGUUGGUGGGAGAAAGUGAAUGCAGAGACACAAAACAGAGGACCUAAUCAGGAAGAAUUGGAAGUUCUUGUUGGGAGUUUUUUGUGCCCAGACUUGUCAGAUGCAGGUUUUGAUCAGACAAAAGAAAUGCAACCUUCAGAGGAAAAGAAACUGUGCUUUGAGUCAGACAAACAGACCAUAAUUUCCAAGGCUGAAGCUUCCACCAAAACAGUUGUAGACCUCCUGAGCAUGAGCCUGUCCAUAGGCAAUGUGACUAAGUCAUUCAAGCAGUGCAUGGAAGAGUAUGUAGACCAGUAUUUUCCCAAAUUUAUGGAAGAAACUUACAGAGUUCCUCCUGUACACUUCAACAUCCAGAAGUUUGACUACCCAGCUGACAAUAAUCCUUACAUUAUCCUAAACAUGCCCAUGUCCAAAGACACAAGGGGAGACGAAGGUGAAAGUCGUGUGAUCAGUGCCAUUGAGAUUCUUGGACUGAAGUCGGAUGUGUUGUGCCCAGUGUUCAUCAUCUGUGAUUUUCAGUACAACAACUAUCUGAACAAGUUGAAGGAAUCAAUGUUUGAGAAAGGAGAUGAGCGCAGACCUCAGCGGGCUUUUGGACAGAGUGUUCGUGCCCAGCAUGAUUGUUUGUUAAUACACAGACGAUACGGGAUCAUCAUUAUUUCUGUCAAAGCUGUGGGAGACAACUUCCAUGAAUGGGCCAACUCUGGCAGUGAGCGAUGGACGGCUGUGAAGAGGACACUAGGAAAAGUCCUAAAGCAGCUGCCAAGAGAAGAGAAGAUGGUGGGCUUGGUGUUGAGUGACCUUACUGACAAGGUACCUUGUCAUAAACUUGUGGCACUGCCUAAUCUCUCUCGUCAAGACAUCAAUGCAGCCAUCAGUGAUGAUACAGAACUCAAAAAGUGCAUUCAAGGAAUGUUCCCUGAAGUUGGCACAGGUGCAUUCUUGUGCCAGGAUGACUUGUGUGAGAGUAACCAGUCCAUGUGGGAGGCACUGGAAGAGAAGCCAGAGCUGUUGGACAAAUUGAAUGACUGGUGGGUUCGAUCCCUUGGCUAUGGACAAGAGAAUCUGCUAUCAGAAAAUCUGUGCAAACAAAUUAUUGGCCGGUUCUGUGGGCUUUUGUCGACAGUAGAAGUGUGGACAGCUCAAACUCCACGAGUGGAAGUUCGCAGCAUUGCUGAGGCCAUCCAGGAAACAGCUGAGCGUUUCACCUGUGUUCUGCUCACUCCUGAACAGGUGAGCAUCCUAAACUUGGAGAAUAGGCUUGUGUUUUUGUCUGGACCACCGGGCAGUGGCAAGACACUGAUACUGAGGUUGAAAGCUGAACAGUGGGCUAAAGCGGGCAAUAAUCUCAUUAUUAUCAAUAUCAACCAUGGAUCUAAGGGACUGCCACUUGGCCAUCUCAUGGAACAGCAGCUGAAAAAAAGCCUUGAAAAGGACCAUGAAUUUAGUUCCAAUCAUUUGAAAAAUUCCUUACCUCAAGACUUCAACUUAAAUAUGCAGAACAGUGCAGGCAUGGAUAGUUUAGAAGGUAUGAAAGACAAUGUUUCUUCAUACCUUGGUUCACCUGGAAGAACAUCAUCAUCAUCAUUUGUCCAUUCAGGAAAUGUUUCUGAACUUGUCAUUCAUCGUAUUGAUCUUGACAGCAGUUCCCCUCAUACCUUGGAGAAAUUGCUAGAGAUUCCAUCAGGAUCUUACCUGGUAAUUGAUGAAAUCAGGCAGACCUCCUGGAAUAUCAUUUCCUGGCUGCUGAAGCAUUGCAAUCCCAAAUCCCUGUGGUGUGCUGGGCAGUAUGGAGAAGACCCUCCACCUACUUUUGAAAAGCAUCUACUGAAACAGAUCAUCCGCUGUCCACCCAUGGUUCAGCGUGUCCUAAAAAGAGCUGAGCCAGAACUGGGCAAUGUAAAAACAGAGUGGUUUGAAACAAGUGCUCCACAUGGUUUGCCGACGGAUGGCUCUAGACCAUGGAUCAUCUUCCACAGUAAACACGAGACACCCGUGAAGGUGCCUCUUGACUGCACUCACUGCGGGCAGGAACUUGCAGACAUCUUUUCCCAGACACUGAAGCUUGUGCCACCUUUGAUGCAAGACUACACCAGGCAGAGAAAAUCUGGGCCAGCUCCGUUCCUUGGAAUUGCUCCACCUUUGAUGUGGAAGGAUGUUGUAAUUGUGUGCAGAGAUGUGGAUGACAACUGUGGUUUCCUCAAGGGGCUGAGGAGCAGAGGCAUCCUUUGCACAGUCAUUACAGAUACAUCCAAUCCACAUGUUGCACUUCCUGAGAAAGAUGAAAUAAUAUUCACAACACCCUUUGCGAUGACAGGGCUAGAGAGACGGGUUGUGGUUUUCCUACCAUUUGAAGCGAAGGACAUUCUUAUGACUGACUCUGACAAGGAUGUGGAGGACAUCCCCAGGACUGUAAAGGGUUUCCAGGAUGAUCUAAAACUAGGUCAGGCGAUUUCUGAAUUGACAGCUGAGAAUAAGGUGUGUUUGUGGUACACUGCCUCACGCUGCAUGGGUCAGCUUAUUAUUUUCAUUCCAUGAGAAAUCAUUUGGCAGCAAGGAUAUCUUUCAAUAGACUAUAAUAGAGAGUUGAACACCUUUACUCAGCCAUUAACUAAAAUGCACAGGGUAACCUCACUGUCUGUUAUGGCUGUUGUGGUUUCUACAAAAUAUGUCCCAGUGCCUUAAACUCAUGUUACUAUGUGCUAGCUGAAUACUUUAGUUUCUGAGUAGGCAUUGAAAUCUUACUAAAUCAAGCCAAUUUUUUUUAAAGUAUUCUGAUGAUUAUAAAACAGGAUAAAGUACAAACUUUUUUCACUAGAGAUUCAUUAAAGGCUAAAAUUCUGGCAAAAUUAUUUUUUAAUGAAUGGGUUUUACUUAUAAGAUACUGAUUCCCAAAAUCUGAAUGAAAAACUUCUUGUUGCCAAGAUACAUAAUUUUAAAGCAGCAGAGAUUUCACUUGAGUUUUUGGCAAAGGUGAGGACUUAAUUUCCUGCAAUGUUACAACAGUAAGCUGACUGAGAAAGCAACAUCUCAUUUGAGAAUGCCUUCAGAGAUUAAAUCAGUAAUUAAUUAGGUUGAUCCAUGUGUACAUGUAAUUCACAACACAUUUUUAUAACAAACUAGUAAUAUAACAGUAAAUGAUGAUAUAAUAAAAUAAACUUUGUUCUGCUAACUUUCCAGCAUAUUUGAGUAUAAUUUUGUGCUUAACUUAAAUAGCUUGACACUGUUUACAUUGUUACAAAAUGAUUCCUUAUUGACCUACUAAAAUUUUUAGGACUGCAAUAAAUUUGCCCUUAGUUUGACAAGCAGAUUGCAUAUAACCGUUUUACUUAAAACAUGAGAAUCUUUUGACCUAUUGUCAUUGAAGUUUGUUCAUAACUUGAUCAGGUACACACAUCCAUUGUGUAAAGGAACUCUUUACUCAGGAGCUAUAAUUCAUUUUAUUUAUAUACACACACAUAAAAGACUUCAUGCUUUAAGUUAUGCAGAUAAUUUUUAUAAUUUGAUAUUUUACUGAUAUUUUUGUAGGUAUUUUGAUACUUUCCUUGAUAUUUAUAUUGAUGCAUUGACUUUGAGUUUGAUGUUCCUACUUUACAUUAAUGUGAUUGUGUUUUAUUUAAGCUUAUAAUAAUGGUCUAUAUAUGCUGAGAAGCACAAUAUUCCACACUUUCUAUGCCAUUGUUAUGUUUGUAAUUAUUAAAGUGCUGUUGCUGAGUAAAUGUGCCAUAAUAGGAUGUUUGCAUUCCACACAUUUGGAAAGUUGAAGAGACUGUAAUAACAAAUUUGUCUUUGAUGUAUUUGCAUUUACCUUCAUCAAUUGUAGUGUCUUUUACAUUUUUUUUAUUUUAGUGGCAUAUUAUGUGUAAAUGCUUUUGGUUAGGUGUAAGAUAGUCCCUUAACUCUUAGGAGUCACUUUGUAGACUGUUUUUAUGAAUGCAUGCGUGAGUGUCAUAUUUUUUUCUUGGUCCAUAUUCUAUAGUUAGAAUAAAAGAUGUCGCAAAUAUCGCUUAAGGAAUCAUUUUUCUGCAGCUGCCUUUCUUGAUGUUGUUUAAUUGGUUGUUUCCUUGCGGCAAUUUAGAAUUUUCUAGGUAUAGUCACUGCCUUUUGAAAAUGAUGAGUCAAAAAUCAGAGGUUUCAUGUCAGUCCUUAGCAUCAAGGAAAGUCAUUAGACGUUGCAGAAUUUCAGGGCCAGAAAUAGUUGUGAAGAAUCAAUGAUAUCUGGAAUGUGUUUUUGUUUGACUUGUAAAGAGAUUCUGGAUAUUAAGCCCAGUCUAGAGGGACAGUCACAUUGUGAAAUACAGGUACUCACAAGUGGCCUUUACUUCACAUUUUGUGCAGACAUGAUUGGUGGAUUAUAUUUUUAUUCUUGCUCUGAUUUUAUGUACAUGUAUAUUAAGUCUUGAAUAUUAAAUAUGAAUUUAAGACUAGAUAUAGUUACAAGUAAGAUCUUCAUAAAUUUGAUCAAAAGUGGGCUUCUCGUUAAUUGUAGAGAUCACUUUACCACUUUUACCAAGUAACAGAAAUGUUAAUUUGGUGCAGAAAUGUGAAGAUUAAGCUUGCUGUUCACUAUGAUAAAAGUAGUUGAGAAAUU